AUGAUCGGUGUCCAUCUGCAAGCUUCAUCCAAUACAAAUGAAGGUCGAUCUCAACAAGUCGCUCUCUUACUUGAGGGAAUGGAAGUAGUUUCUGCGCCUGAAUUUCGUUCAGUUUUCGUUGGAGCAGAAUGGUAUUGUUCGAAUGAGAAAAGUUUGCUUGAGCAACUAGGCAAGAGGGGUUGGUACGCAGCUUAUGAAGUUCUUUCGGAUGAGAAGAAGCGGCAGAUCUAUGACCAAGGUGGAGAAGAAGCUCUUCAAGGCGGCGGUGGUGGUGGAGAAUUCCACAAUCCAUUCGAUGUCUUCGACAUGUUCUUUGGAGGAGGUAUGUUUUUACCUCGUGCAAAUGCUAAGAUUGUCGUUCAUGACGUCAGAUUGGAACCAGAACACAAUUUUUCAGGACGAAGACAGAGGGAGCGUGGAGUUCGACCAACUGUUCAUCAGCUGAAAGUUUCUUUGGAGCAGCUAUAUAAUGGAUUCUCCAAGAAACUCAAGGUCACAAGGACAGUCAUUUGCACUGACUGCAAAGGAUUGGGUGGCGUUGCCGGUUCCGUUGUCAAAUGUAGUGAUUGUAAAGGACGAGGAAUGAUAAUA